ACAAAACAGUCUAUCCGAUACAUAUAUUUAUAUUUCAGUGCGAGUAGUGAGAAGAAGCGGCUGUGUCACAGUAGGAAAAUAAAACCCAACUACGUUUCGCAUCUGUAAAAUUGAGCAAACAUCAACUGAGAAAAAUACAACCACAUUUAUUCAUUUGAUCUAGAUUUCGUGUGGCGCUAAAAGUAUGGCAAAAUUAGAUGAGCGGAUUGGGUUUUUGGGUGGUGGUAACAUGGCUUUCGCUAUUGGUUACGGUUUAAUAAAUCGAGGAAUCAUAAAGCCAACGCAAGUUGUCGUUUCGGGCCCGAAUCUGGUGAAUUUGGAGAAAUGGCGUGUGCUGGGAGCUAAUGUAACCGAAGACAACGGCGUUGUGGUGACGAAAUGUGACAUCAUUUUCAUUUGUGUCAAACCGCAUUUACUGCAUACUUGUGCCCAGCAAGUCGAAGGCAGCAUCGAACGCAUGGUUUUUGAUAAGGACAAAUUGUUUGUAUCGGUUUUAGCCGGUGUUACACUGGAUCAAUUGGAAUUGGCAUUCAGCUUUAUGAACAAUUUGAAGGUUAUACGAACGAUGCCGAAUACACCGAUGCAAGUCGGUGAAGGAUGUACUGUUUACACACCCGGUCGCUAUGUUACCACACAAGAUGUGGAAAAAAUCCACUUGAUUCUUAACUCUCUGGGUAUCGCACAACAAGUACCUGAAAAAAUGAUCAACUCCGUUGCAGGAUUAUCUGGAUGUGGACCGGCCUAUGUAUUCACAGUGAUUGAAGCGUUAGCUGACGGUGCUGUUAAACAAGGUGUUCCACGUCAAAUGGCACUGCAGUUUGCAGCUCAAACAGUGCUCGGUGCGGCCAAAACUGUUCUACAAACAGAAAAACAUCCGGCCGUCUUACGAGAUGAAGUUUGUUCCCCUGGUGGAUCAACCAUCGUUGGUGUGCAUGAGCUCGAAAAAGUAGGUAUUCGUAAUGCAUUCAUCAAUGCUGUCGGCGCUGCAGCUGAACGAAAUAACGAAUUGGGACAAUGUAAAAAAUAAAAGCCACUGUAAUCUGUUCCGACUCGCUACUUUUAUUGUUGACAAUGAAAAUAUUCUAAAUAAAAAAAGAAAUGUUUAAAAUAAUGAAAAUAUCAAAUGAAA